AUGCGUUCCUUAAUGGUUAUAGCUUUGUUGGCCUUCUUGGCUGUCAGCUUUGUGGCUGCUCGUCCAGCUGAGGAUGAUGAGUCCUCGGUGGUCCCGGAGGAGCCGGAAUUUCAAUCGGUGGCAGUGUCUGUUUUGAUAGCUUUGUUGGCCUUCUUGGCUGUCAGCUUUGUGGCUGCUCGUCCAGCUGAGGAUGAUGAGUCCUCGGUGGUCCAAUCUGGCGACGAUUCCGUGUCAGGAAAUGAUGACACUGAUAGCAGCAAUGUAGAUGCCACAGGAGGAGAUACUGAUGCAGAGUCCAGCGACGACAAUGCUUCAGAAGGUGAAGGUAGUGGAGAUGGACAAACCGAGGGGGAGUCCAGUGGCGACAAUGAAUCUGACGGAGAGUCCAAUGGAGAUGGUCAAACCGAGGGAGAGUCCAGUGGAGGUGCAUCAGAAGGAGAAGCCAAUGGAGACAGUGAAUCCGAGGGAUCGGAUAAUGGUGACAGUGAAUCCGAGGGAGAAUCCAACGGUGACAGUGCAUCCGAGGGAGAGUCCAGUGAUGACAGUGCAUCCGAGGGAGAGUCCAGUGGAGAUGCAUCAGAAGGAGAAGCAAAUGGAGACAGUGAAUCCGAGGGAUCGGAUAAUGGUGACAGCGCAUCCGCAGGCGAGUCUAGCGGUGACAAUGCUGCUGAGGGAGACUCUAGUGGAUCCGAGGGCGACAGUGAGUCCGAGGGCGAGUCCAGUGAUGAUAAUACAUCAGAAGGAGAAACUGGUGAAUCUGAGGGAGAAUCCAGCGGAGACUCUGAGGGAGAAAACAGUGGAGACAAUGCAUCCGAUGGUGAGAACAGCAACGAGUCAGGAAACAAACAGAAGAAUCCCAGGCGCCGUCGUCCAUUCAAGUUCAUCGGAAAUGGACCAUUUGUGAUCCAUGCCAGGCCUCUGUAUUUCAUCAAGGCCCAUUAA